AUGGAUCUGACAAUUCCAGAGAACUACCGUGACAAAUUGGAACAUAUUGAAACAAAAGAUUGUCGUGAAGAUGCUGAAAUAUUGGCUGCACUUCAAGAACACAGACCAGUGACGUCUGAGAAAAAUGUUUGGGCUUAUUGGCACGCUGGGCUGCAAAAUAUGCCCAAAUGGUGUCAGAGAAAUGUAAUUGACUGGGUUCGUAUCCUUGGCCCUGAUUGGACGAUUCGUGUUCUGGAUAGUGUGGCGGGGUCAGUCAAUAAUGUUCUUCGUUUUGUUCCUGAAGACCUACUUCCUCCCGCGUUUGUGGAUCAGACUAUGGAUGGGCCCUUCGCUCGCCAACAUUCAUCUGAUUUCGCAAGGACAGCAUGUCUAUACAACCAUGGAGGAGUAUGGAUUGAUGUUGGAAUUAUGCUCAGUCGUCAUCUCGACCGUAUCUGUUGGAGAGAACUUGAAGAUAGCAGCUCACCCUAUCAAGUGGCCAUUUCAAUGAUGUGGGGGAUGUGCGCCAUCAACUUCUUCAUAGCAUCUCGCAAAGGAAACCCAUUCAUUUAUCAAUGGCACCGUUUAUUUCUCCAUAUUUGGGGAGAUAAGAAGAACGCCAAAGGCUCUAUAUCAAAUCCUCUCAUUGCACCAAUUUUACCGCAGAUGUGGGAGGGCAAGCUUGAGGGCUGGAAAAUGGACUGGGGUGACAAUGUUGCUAUGCUUGAAUACGUCAUGCAAAUUGGCUGUUUUACUCGGCUCCUGUGCCUUGAGGAUGUUGGAGAGGGUCUCUCUGGAAUUGACUACUGGAGAAACCAUAUUAUGGGUAUAGACACAGUUCAGGAAGUCUGGCGUAAAGAGUAUGAGAUAGGGUUUGCCGACUUUAGUGAACGUGCCUUUGAGAUGUUGCAGUUGCCGGUCUCGGGACCAGGUGCAGACCCUACAGCACAGAUCUAUAAGGACGCUGAGAGGUUUGUUUGGGAUACUCUCGCCAAUCAAAGCAUGUGGAAGUUAUUCCGUGCCGCUGGUAUGGAUCACCACAAGACAUUAGCAGCUUUGCUGGAUAUACCCGAGAAUGAUGCUAAGGUCACGGCACCUAAUACAUUUGGAGCCCUCCUGAGAUAUGGAACAGUGCAUCUGCGACAAACCAGAGAAAAUAUCGGGAUGGUUCCCAAAGUGGAGCCAAUCCAAACGUGGAACAAAGGUGUCUUCGAGCCAUAG